AUGUGCCGCAUUCGGAACAAGGCGGCAGCAAAGUUUGUGACUGCCGACGCGCCAACGAAGGAAGAGAACGAUGGUGGCCGAGUAUUACACAGAGAGCAGCGUCCAAGAGCUCCUUCGGCGAGUGUGCCUUGGUAUCAAACACAGUUCAUCCGAGUGAAGCAACUUCAAGUCGACCAGUCUAAUCGACGAACACAAUUCCGAAGCUACGGCGAUAUUGUUGCGAACCUGGUUACCAGUAGACUACUGGCAGUAGCUGCAUUUGCCCGGGCUGUUUGCCGCACUGGCCGCCGCCUGUCUGAGCAUAGAGGGCAAUCUAAGUCACGCAAGAUGAUUUCCCAACAUUUGCAAAUACACACAGGGUGA